CGAACAUGGCCUGGACCCGUCUCCUCCUGGGCCUCCUGGCUCUCUGCGCAGGUCCCGUGGUCUCCUAUGAGGUGACCCAGCCAGCGUCCAUGUCGGCGGACCCUGGUGCCACAGUCAAACUCACCUGCCAGGGAAACAACAUUGGGAGUUAUUAUACUUCCUGGCACCAGCAGCAUCCGGGCCAGGCCCCUGUCACGCUCAUUUACGGCAGUAGCAAUCGGCCCUCAGGGAUCCCUGCUCGGUUCUCUGGCGCCAACUCAGGGAACACGGCCACGCUGACCAUCAGCGGGGUCCAGGCUGACGACGAGGCCGACUAUUACUGUGCUGCAUCCAGUAGCAGUAUUGGUGCCCACGGGCCCCACGGGCUGCGGUCGCAGGUGUCCGGGGUCUCGGCCUUCGCCUCAGAGACGCCAGUUCCCGACCCCGAGCACCGGCCCCGCGCAGGCUCCGGGCGGCAGCAAUCUGCCCUCAUCGAUGCCUCCCACCUUAGGGUCCUGCCUGUCUUGCCUCCAAAGACCUCGAUAGAUGGAAAUGGACUCCAACACCCGGGUACUGUGAUCUCCUAUGAGGUGACCCAACCAGCGUCCAUGUCGGCAGACCCCGGAGCCACAGUCACCAUCACCUGCCAGGGAGACAAAAUUGGGAGAUACUAUGCUUCGUGGCACCAGCAGAAGUCGGGCCAGGCCCCUGUCACUCUCAUUUACAAUAAUAGAUAUCGGCCCUCGGGGAUCCCUGAGCGGUUCUCUGGCACCGUAUCAGGCAACACAGCCACGCUGACCAUCAGCGGGGUCCAGGCUGAGGACGAGGCCGACUACUUCUGUGCUGCAUCGAGUAGCAAUGAUGAUGCCCACGUCCCAGACUCCUGUGACCAAGCACACACUGCAAUGACCUCGCUGUCCUCACCCUCUGCCCGAGGUCACACGGAGCUCCCCUCCCCUUCCUCACAGACCCCGUCCUGCCUGACGAUCCGUCCAUCAGCGGGGUGA